AUCUCUGCUUUUUUCGUUCUCUUUCACUCUGCUUCUCGCGUUUUCUCGCAUAAACCCUAAUUUUCUGCUCUUUCUCUAUAUUUUCCCGCUGUUUCUUCCAUUUUCGCUAUCACAAAUGCACGAUCUCGCGUUUCAGUGUUGUGUUGAAGCCUGACAAAAAAGGCUCUGAGUUUUUCUGUUUCAUGAUCUAAUUGGAAAACAGCGCGCGCGGGGAGUGAGAGAGAGGGGAAUGAUACAAGCUACGGAGAGCUGCGGCAUCGUCAAUGGCGGAUCCCCGCCGUUGCAGAGUUGCUGCGGGGAGAGUAAUAGCGAAGAGGAGUUGUCGCUCUUGCCGCGUCAUACCAAGGUCGUCGUCACGGGGAACAACCGUACGAAAUCGGUUCUCGUUGGUCUCCAAGGCGUCGUUAAAAAAGCCGUCGGACUUGGUGGUUGGCAUUGGCUGGUUUUGACUAAUGGAAUAGAAGUAAAGUUGCAGAGGAAUGCACUCAGCGUCAUUGAAGCUCCUACUGGGAACGAGGAAGAUGAUGACCUUGAAUUCGAGAACACACAGUGGAAUGGCUCUGAUAUGACAUCUGAUGACACACUGAAACUCCAUAAGCCCAGACAGAGGGCAAACCGCUCAUAUCGGUCAUCCCACAAGACAACGAGCAGGUCCCUAUCUUGUGACUCACAGUCGAAAAGCUCGGUUUUUACUCCCCCUGUGAACAUGAAGGUCGAUCUUAGCAAACUGGAUAUGCCUGCCUUGCAGAGAUACUGGCGACAUUUUAACCUCGUCGAUGCUAUUCCUAACCCAUCAAAGGAGCAACUAAUUGAAAUCGUUCAGAGGCACUUCAUGGCACAGCAAAUGGACGAGCUACAGGUAAUUGUGGGGUUCGUUCAGGCUGCGAAAAGAACGAAAAAGGUCUGUAAGUGGGAGACAAAAGAACCCAGAAAUGGCGAUCUUAACUGCAUCAGCUAAAAGCCAGAUUCCUCUCAAUCUGCAUUUGUAUCUACCCAUCUGCUUGUUUGGCCAUUCAUGGUUUUAGUAAUUAGAUCUCUUCUUCUCGGGUUAGGGUUACUAGUAGACAGACAGUUCUUGCUCUCUGUUAGCCAAUGUAAGUAGAGUACUUCCAGAAGGACCAAUGACUUGGGACAGACAAAAACCCUCUGAAACUCCAAUUGAAUCUUGUCUUUAGCCGAUGUGGAGACUUUGGUUUUUUAGAAUGUAAAUAUGCUGAGUUCGUUCAUUUGGGUUAUUGAUUGCA